AUGGAGUUGGCUGAGACAAAGCAACGUUUUGAAGCUGUCUACCCGGCCUUGUUUGACACAGUCGUUUUGCUGCAUUCUGUUUGUCUCAUUCCAGAAGCUUCCAGGGCGCCACUUUUCCCGUUCGCAAAAUACUUGGAGGAUGGACGCAGAUCAGUGAAGCAGGCUCAGGCAGCUGCCGGAGGUGCACACAUCUACUUUGUCAGAAGCUUUGGCCGUGCAGCCUCAUUUCGAAGGAUGACCUGUGGAUUGCUGGAGCAAUUGCUGCCAAAUCUGAGUUCCUGCCGUUUGGCCCUAGCUGCUGAUGAUCCAGAUCUGGAUGUGUACAAAGCAAAUGCUGGACCGUGGAGCAGCCACAUCAUCCUGGGAGUGAAGGGUGCAGAGCGUCAGAUAGCCUUCAUUGAUCAGAUUUGCCGCAAAGGUAGCCAGGUCAUGGUUCUUGACGACAACAUCCUGAAAUUCAUGGACCGCGGGGAAGCCAUACACGCCAAUCUGGAUGAAAUGGUUGCACGAGGAUUCAAGGAAAUGUGGAAGGCUGGUGCGAAAACGUGGUCAGGCAGCGACUCCCCAAACCCUGCGCACUGGAGCGAAGAGGUGGAUGUUGGGAAUGGAUUGGUGUAUGGCGCUGCCUUCGGCAUGGUGGCGACUCACGAGCCAUCGCGUUAUUCAAGAUUUGGGCAAGUCAUGGACGACAUUGAGCGGUCAUGCCGCUUCUACGAGCAUGACGGGGCGACUGUGCGACUAGGAAGGUUUCAAGUGUACAAGAGGCAUGCGCCUGGCUUGUUCCACAGGAAGAAGGGAGGCAUAUCCGCCAGCUUAUCCGCUGAUGGAUUUGCAGCAGAAGCAGCAGAAGCGCGGCUGGCGUUGCUUCAGAGGUUCCCAGUGCUGCUGCAACCAGCAGACACCAAGUUGGGUCUGAAGUUCAAACAUGGCAAGACCAGAAGCGCUGCCUUCAUUUUGUGA